AUGGAUCACACAAAGCGAGAUGCAUCCAAUUUCCACCGCCUCAUUAGCACCUUCAAAAGUCCUAUUAAAUCAUCACCUUCUUCUGCCUCUAUAUCGUCAUCUUCCCCUGUGUCUUUAAACCUUUCCAAGCCGUUUAUAGUUCCAAUGCCAAAUUCGCAAUGGAAGAAGCAACCGGUUCAACAAACACCAACUAGCAAUAGUAGCGGAGAUAAUAGCAGCACUGUUGCCGCUGCAGAAGGUUCUCGGACUUUGAUGAGGUGGGGACAGCAGCAAUUACAUCCUCUGGGUUUGUUAGGCCGGAAGAAGUUGAGUUCUCAGGACCGGGAUCUGGAUUUGACGUUUGAUGCAUUCGAUCGGGAGCUAUUGGCUCAGCUGGAGAGAGGAGUGGAGAGAGGAGAGGAGCGACAACAUGAUGUCCCUGAUGCUUAUGGGCAGGAAGAUGAAUCGGAGGAUCUAUACGGUCCUACGCUGGCGCCUAUGCCGCCGAAGAACUCCAAAUUUUUUCAAAGCUCUACCAAUGCUACUUCCACUACCAUGUCCACCCCUUUCCGAAAUCAGGUGUCAAGUUCAUCUGAAGUUGGACUGUUUUCCAGCCCAUCACUUGCCGUCAAGGCCCGAAAGAGACCACCACCCCUUUUUUCCAAGGAUGGUGUGCAUGAUGAUGACCAGGAGCUUGGAAAGUCCUCAUUUUCUCCCCAGACCAUUUCAUCUCCAGAGCUUCAGACCAGAGCUGCCCUUUCAUUCUCUCCACUUAAAUCCCAUGAAAUUCAAUUGGAUCAUGCCUUACCCAUGAUACAAGGAAUCCGGCUUGUAUCUACGCAUGAACUGCCGGACCGUUUUCGAUCUAUUUUCCCUUUCCCUAUAUUCAAUGCUAUUCAGUCCAAGAGCUUUCGUUCUAUCUACCAAGGAGAUGAUAACUUUGUUCUCUCAGCGCCUACUGGGAGUGGUAAAACAGUAGUCAUGGAGUUGGCUAUCUGUCGACUGGUGACAAACUUCAAGAACUGCCGGUUCAAAGUGGUAUACCAGGCACCAACCAAGUCUUUGUGCUCCGAACGCUUCCGUGAUUGGCAAACCAAGUUCACGUCACUGGACCUCCAAUGUGCGGAGCUCACUGGUGACACUGAUCACGCGCAGUUACGCUGCGUUCAAAAUGCGAAUAUUAUCAUUACGACCCCUGAGAAAUGGGACAGCAUGACUCGGAAAUGGAAGGAUCAUAUCAAACUAAUGCAGCUGGUUAAAUUGUUUCUCAUCGACGAAGUACAUAUUUUGAAAGAGGCUAGGGGGGCUACAUUGGAAGCUGUGGUGUCUCGAAUGAAAUCUCUGGACUCUAAUGUUCGAUUUGUUGCGCUCAGUGCCCACGGUUCCAAACUCCGAGGAUAUUGCGGCCUGGCUGGCGAAGAGUUUAGACCAGUUAAAUUGCAGAAGUUCGUCUACGGCUAUCAAAGCAAUGGCAAUGACUUUGCGUUUGAUAAAUUUUGCGAGGCAAGACUUCCCGAAGUCAUCGAAAAGCAUUCACAGAAGAAGCCAAUUAUGAUAUUCUGUUGUACUCGCAACUCCUCGAUUGCAACUUCAAAGUAUCUUGCCAAGUUAUGGACAUCUACAAAUCCCCCCAAUCGUCUAUGGAGUGGUCCAACCAAGCCUCUUGGUGUUCAAAAUCCCGAAUUAAGGGCAACCAUUUCCUCUGGUGUUGCAUUUCACCAUGCUGGUGUUGAUGCUAAUGACCGCCAUGCUGUCGAAAACGGAUUCCUCUCUGGCCAAAUUAAUGUGAUUUGUUGUACAUCAACAUUAGCGGUUGGUGUGAAUCUUCCUUGUCAUCUAGUGAUAAUUAAAAACACGGUUUCAUGGCAGGAAGCUGGAUGCAAGGAGUAUGCGGAUCUGGAAAUGAUGCAGAUGCUUGGACGAGCGGGAAGACCUCAGUUCGAUGACAGUGCUGUUGCCGUUAUACUGACAAGAAAAGAAAGAGUAAACCACUAUGAGAAACUUGUUUCCGGAACGGAAUCUCUCGAAAGUUGCCUGCAUUUAAACCUGAUCGACCAUCUGAACGCUGCCAUUGGCCUUGGAACCAUUAAGGAUGUCGAAUCUGCUACUAGAUGGCUUGCAGGAACAUUUUUCUUUAUUCGUUUGCGACAAAAUCCCGGUCAUUACAAUUUGAAAGAAGGAGCGAACAGGUCAGAUGAGGAAGAAAUGCUGAAAGAAAUUUGUGAAGAGAAUAUCAAGCGUCUUCAGGAAUGCUCACUUGUAACUGACGAGGAGCCCCUAAAAUCGACGGCGUUUGGAGAUGCAAUGGCUCGGUAUUACAUCAAGUUCGAAACUAUGAAGUUGUGUCUCUCCUUACCCCCAAAAGCUAAAAUGUCUGAGAUUCUUUCAGUUGUUGCGCAGGCAGAAGAAUUUCGAGAAAUUCGACUCAAGUCUGGUGAGAAAUCAUUAUACAAGGAGUUGAACAAGGGAAACGGCAUUAAAUUUCCCAUAAAAAUUGACAUCGCCCUUCCAGCUCACAAGAUAUCCCUCCUUAUCCAGUCUGAGCUGGGCUCAGUCGACAUCCCAACUGGCGACCAGUACCAAAAACACAAGAUGUCAUUCCAACAGGAUAAAGGAUUUGUUUUUUCCCACGCCAAUCGUCUGAUUCGAUGUAUAAUCGAUUGCCAAAUAUCACUCCAAGACUCUGUGGGAACUAGACACGCUCUUGAACUUGCUCGAGGUAUUGGCGCUAGGGUGUGGGACAAUUCUGCAUUGCAGAUGAAGCAGAUAGACCAGAUUGGUAUCGUGGCUGUGAGAAAGCUUGCGAAUGCUGGUAUUAAUACUCUCGAGGCCCUCGAAACUACAGAGCCUCAUAGAAUAGAAAUGCUGCUAAGCAAAAAUCCUCCCUUCGGUUCGAGGAUCUUGGCAAAACUGGCAGAGUUUCCAAAACCUAGGGUUUCUCUUAAGUUAGUGAGGAAGGAUAUUAAGCACGGGGAAACCGUUAGGAUUGGCUUUAAAGCGGAGAUAGGGUUUAUUAACGAAAAGAUCCCAAUUUUCUUUCGUCGAAAGCCCGUAUAUGUCUGUUUUCUCGCAGAGACGUCGGAUGGGCGAAUGAUUGAUUUUAGACGUAUUAGUGCAAUAAAACUACAGAACGGCCAUGAUAUUUUGCUAAGUGCAGAAUUAACUGACAUCUUUCAAUAUAUUUCAUGUUAUGUCAUGUGUGAUGACAUUGCUGGGACCAUGCGUCAGGCGGAACUCCGGCAUGAUAUCCCGGCUUCAUGUUUCCCAACGAAGAUAUCAGAAAUCCCUGGUGAUGGUGCCGCGGCGAAACAAACUAUGAACACGUCCAGGAGACGUAGGAGCGAAAAUUUUAGAAACAGGGUCGAGACACGAAAAGAUGUUGAUGAGUUUGAAGAUGAUAGUCUCGAUGAUAUAGAUCUCAUUGCGGCAGCUAAAGAUAUAGAUUAUAAUUCCCUUGACGAAUUCAAUGGAAACUAUGAUCUGCCCAAGACAACAUCGUUGCCGAACCAAAAGGCUGCACCGGGUAGCAAUGUCAAAGACUUACACGCAAAUGAGCCUAAGGAGCCUGUUCGGUUUGAGAAUGGGAAUUGGGCUUGCAAUCACAGGUGUAAAGAUAAAACUAGGGAGGGUAUAGAUAGACCACCUAAACCGAACAAGAGACAGGACCUGCCAGCAUCAAACGUUCAACAAGGGAAAACUAAUAAAACCUCUAAAGAAUCUCGAAACUUUUCUGAAUGGACCAAGAGCGAGAACCCCCAUCCAGCAAGGGAACAGAAUAAAAACAAGAAUGUCGAAAUUGUUGAUCUGUGUGGAGAUGACAAUAAAAGCUCUAAGCUGGCUACUACCAAGUCCCAUUCCAAAGGGGACAAAAGUUUUCAUAAACAAAAACGUAUUGAAGAUUGUAGUGGGAAGACAGGGCCACAUGAGAAAAUUUCAUAUUCACUGUCGAAAGGAAUCUCGCUUGACCUAUCAUUCUUCGACGACGAUGGAUUUGAAGGUCCAAAAACACCCUUCAGGAAAAAAGAUGCUUCCAGUGAUUACGGGAAUUCGUGGGUUGAUGAUCUCCCGUCUCCCAAUACCUUGCUGGGCACACCCUUGAGGAAAAGGAAAGUGACAAAAAGCAAUGAAAAAUUCAAUAUCUUCGAAGAUGGAGAUGAAUACAUUCCAUUUCACCCUCUAGAAAAUGGUGAUGAUAAAUAUAUGAAAACGAUUUCGCCAAUGGUUCUGAAUAAAACAGAUACUAUGCUAUCUUUUCCAGAUGAUGCCAACAACAAACCCGCCUCCAGUCCAGAAAAGGGUUCGAUGGUAAGCAACCCCUUUCUACCCUCAUCCGUGGUGAAGCAACCUACCAUGGGAACCAACAGCUCCUUUACAACUCGAACUGUCUCCACCCCUUUAUUCCCCUUGCCUGACCCCAACCCAAUCAUCAUCGGCAACGGCAACGACGAUAACGUUGAUUCAGAUUUCAUGAACGACCAGAAUUUCUUCAAGGGGAAAAAGAGGAAAGAUGGCUUUAAUUGCACAUCACGUACAUAUCACGCUGACAAUAAUGGCUCCGACGACAACGCAAUGAUGGUUAAUGAUUACGGCUACGAUGUCGUCAAUAAAAUCCCGCAUAAGCGAAGCAAGUAUAGUCCUGCAGAAUCUGAACAACCUAUAGAUGCCUCAUUCUCUAUCAACUUCGGUGAUAUCCCUACCAUGGUUGAUAAGCCACCUGCUGCGGGUGAUGAGCCAGAGUUCCAGGAGCUGGAAAAACAGAGCAAUCGUCCUGGAAGCUUGGAAGGACUUGAUACUUCGCUGUUGGAGGAGUUUAAAGACCUCGUGAACUUUUUUUAA